GCAAAGCAAUUAUAUAAAGAAGCUGCUGAUGGUGAUCAUCCUGAUGCACAGUACCGAUAUGCGGCUUUAUUGCUUUCAGACCUAAAAAAAGAAGAAAACAAUAAAAAGAUAUAUUGUAAAGAAAUUCUACAUUAUUUCAAAUUAGCAGCUGAUAAUAACCAUAUUGAUGCAACAUAUUGUAUGGGAGAUAUCUAUGCAAGAGGAAAGCUUCAAGUGCAGCAAAAUAAAGAACUUGGUUUAGAAUAUUUAAAAUUAGCAGCCAAAAAUGGUCAUCAAAAAGCAAUUAAUCUUUUAAAAGAAUUAGAAACCUCUACGCAACCGGAGCCCAUGGAUACUGAG